AUGGAGCGCCUCUGGAUCUUCUCGCACCUCGUCGGCAUGCUCCUCCAGGCGCGGCUGUUCCUGCUCGCAUGGACCCAGCCGGGGCGGUACCUGGACGACCGGCGGGUGCGCUGGACCCGGCUCGGCCUGCUGCCGGCCACGCUCGGCCUGCUGCUCCUCAACCACGCCCGCGUCCGCCACACCGCCCUCAUCCCCCGCCCGCUCAAGGUCAACCUCGGAUGCAUGUUCGCCCAGAACCUCUUCAAGACCGUCCUGCUCGCCUUCAACCGCCCCAGUCCCGCCCGGGUCGCCAAGCUGCGCCAGGCGGGCCCUCAGCCGGCCCUCUCCGCCCCCGCCGCCCUCUUCCAAUCCCUCUCGCUCAUCGUCAGUGGAAGCACCAAUCCGUCCAAGCAACCCAAGCUGGUCACCGGAGGACCCAACCACACGCUCCGCGCCGACCUCGUCUUCCUCCUCUCGACGAUCCGGCGGAUGGUGGUGCUGAACCUCUUCGGCAUCCUGGCCCUGUACGGCUGGAAGAGCGUGCACGACGAGGGGCUCGUGGGGCGGUACCCGAUGCUGAAGCGCCACAAGCCCCAGAUCACGGCAGUAGUGUGGGGGGUGUUCAUCUGGACGGGGAUCGACCUGCCGGGCUGUGUGGCCCGGCUGGCGGCGUUCGCGGCCAAGACGGCCAGCCGCUCCGCGACCGUCCAGCGCCUGCUGCCCGACUUCAGCCGGGUGGACCUCGAACAGACAUGCCCAUUCUUGUUCGCGAACUCGCCCCUCGAGGCCUCCAGCAUCUCCGCCUUCUGGGGCAGACAUUGGCACACCGUCCUCCAGGCCCUCUUCGUCGAGGCCGGCGCGAUCCCCCUCUCCGCACUCGUCCGCGCCGCCUUCGCGCCCCGCAGACCGCCCCCCAAGCUGCUCCGCCUCACCGGAAUCUUCGGCGCCUUUGCCGUCUCCGCCAUCAUGCACGAACUCGGGAUUUGGUGCGCAGGCCCGUUCGAUCGCCGGCUGAGGACCUCGGUCUUCUUCCUCAGCCAAGCCCUCGCCAUGGGUCUCGAGAACGGAUUCAAGAGCCUCUCGGGCCGCCGGGUCGGCGGGCCCCUGGGCAGGGUAUGGGCCUUCGCCUGGCUCAUCUUCUUCGGCGCACCCAUGAUCGCCGCGUGGAUGGAGAGUCUGGCCAUCGACAAACACAGCAUGUUCGAGGCUGCCGAGCGCCUGGGCUUCUGGAGGAUGCUGGCCACUCCCCUCGUCUUGCCCUCUCUUAUCUUCUCUCGCAAUUGA